UCACUCUUAUUAAUCUCUCCUCCAUCGUCUCUCAAUCCCCACCCCCAAAUCUCUCCCCCAUGGCUUCCCCUCCUCCUCCCCACCCCGUCCUCACCACCACCACCCUCCUCCUCCUGCUCCUGCACAAUGCCGCCGGUGCCGGCUCCGGGUCGUCGCCUGCGGUGAACCCAUUCACGGCGAAGGCGGCCUUCAUCCGGUACUGGAACCGCAAGGUGCCCAACAACCGCCCCCACCCGUCCUUCUUCGUCUCCAAGCUCUCCCCGCUCCCCGCCGCCGCCUCCUCCUCCUUCCCCUCCACGCUGCCCGACAUCCGCGCCCGCCUCCCCACGCUCUGCUCCAAGGCCGCCCUCCUCUGUCCAUCAGGCGAGACGGCGUCGCUCGUCGGCCCCAAGGGUGGCGGCCCGUUCAAGGGCUACAGCAACGCCAACUUCUCUAACUACGGCACCGGCGACGGCGCCGGCGCCGACUCGUUCCGGAACUACUCCCCGGACCUCAACAUCGCCGCCGACUCCUUCCGCCGCUACGGCCGCGACUCGUCCGGGCGGGCCGACAGGUUCGAGACCUACGAGGCCGACGGCAACGUGGUCACAGCCAACUUCACCUCCUACGCCGGCGGCGCCACGGGCGGGUCGGGCACCUUCGCCGCCUACGCCGCCGAGACCAACGGCCCGGACUCCACAUUCACCAACUACGACGCCGAGGCCAACGGCCGCGCCCGCGGCUUCGCGUCCUACUCCCAGGAGUCCAACCACGGGGAGAGCGGCUUCUCCGGCUACGGCAAGAACAGCAACGGCGUGCGGGAGACCUUCGCCUCCUACGGCAACGAGUCCAACGUCCUGGCCUCCAGCUUCGCCAACUACGGCGAGUCCGCCAACGGCGCCACCGACACAUUCACGGGGUACGGCGUCGAGGGCAACGUCCCAGAGAACACGUUCCGGAGCUACGGAGCCGGCGGCAACGCCGGCGUCGACACGUUCAAGAAGUACCGCGACGACGCCAAUGUUGGGGACGACAGCUUCGCCUCCUACGCUAAGGGCGCCAAUGGCGGCGGCGCCGAGUUCCAGAGCUAUGGAAACUCGGCCAACCCGAGCAGCACCACCUUCAAGGGCUACGGCGAGGGCACCAAACCCAACCACCACAUUGGGUUCAAGGAGUACACCGGUGAGAACAACACCUUCAAGGGGUACGCCAAGACCGGCGUCGAUUUCAAGGAGUACCACAACACCUCGAGCACCACUGCAACAUUGACAGUGUCGUCGGAGGCAGCGGCAUCGGGGCAUCAGCAUCUGAAGUGGUCGCCGGAGCCUGGGAAGUUCUUCAGAGAGCGGGAACUCGUGGCCGGGAACCGAAUGCCAAUGCCGGACAUCAGGGACAAGAUGCCACCCAGGGCAUUCCUGCCUAGGGACAUUGCCACAAAGAUACCAUUCGAGCCGAAUGCCGUGUCAGAGGUGUUCGGGGUGCCGCUUGACACGGCGAUGGGGAAAGCUGUGGCGUCCACAGUAGCUGAGUGCCAGCGCGCACCCAGCCCAGGUGAGACCAAGCGGUGUGCAACCUCGGCCGAGGACAUUGUCGACUUUGCUGUGGAGAUGCUGGGCAAUGACAUUGUUGUGCGCAGCACGGCCUCCAUAGCGGGCAGCGGCAGGGACAUCAAGCUCGGCAGUGUCACCGGCGUCGACGGUGGCAAGGUGACACAGUCCGUUUCCUGUCACCAGAGCCUGUUCCCGUACCUGGUGUACUACUGCCACUCGGUGCCGAAGGUGCGGGUGUACGAGGCUGACAUCAUGGCCGCCGACUCCGAUGAGAAGAUCAAUCAUGGGGUGGCGAUCUGUCACCUCGACACAUCCGAUUGGAGCCCGAGUCAUGGGGCGUUCAUCGCACUCGGUGGACAACCCGGUGAGGUUGAGGUUUGCCACUGGAUCUUCGAGGGCGAUAUGACGUGGACAGCGGCGGAUUGACGCGAGCAGAGUCAUCCGAUCGGCUGGUUAAUCUUCUUAUUGCAAGACUAAGAGGAAUUACUUUUUUUUCGCAAUUUUUUCCCUUCUUUGUCAACCUUAUGGUGCUAAGAGUUGUGCAAGUUGUUUAGGAGAGAAGGGUCGGUCCAUUAUCAAAUGUAAACUGUAAAUCCGAAAUCUUGGGGGAGUUGUGCGUGAUUUGAUUUUCUUGAUCAAAUUGCUUUUUGUUGUGGUAAAAGCAAUGCAGUUCUUCAAAAGCUUGGUCAAGUUGCCCCUAAAGUGGUGUGCUUCAAGUACGUUGUGUCAUUUUCAAUGUAUGUAGCAGAUCAGAAGCAAAUAGUUCCCUUCCUGAUCUCAAAAACGAAGAAUAACUGUAAAGUGUGAACUUGUAACUGAAGCUUCAUAAUUUGGAUUUGGGUGGCCUUUUGUUUGAA